UCCUGUCGAGGAAUUCGAAUAUCGAUAUUAUACGAUUAUAUACAUAUACGAACGUGAUCAUUCGCUCGUUAAAAGACAUCAAAGAUUAUUUAAUCGAAUCGGUGUAACGGGAGAGAACCGCUACUUCCGCGUUCGGGGAUUUUUCGGCUACGACUCCGCGAUACUCUUUUCCGAGUUUAUUAUAGAAAAAAAAUUCCUGGUAAAGUAGAAACGAGGCAAGGGUUUCCGACCAGUGAAUCAUUUACCGAUUUAUUAAUUAAACUACGGAAGUUAGUACGCCGCCACCAGACGCUAAUGAAGAAGUGGGAAUCCCCGAGUGGAUAUAAACGGCUACCCCCCUUCGCUCAUUUCGAUCUUUAUACCUGCCGUACCUUCGAUGACGAAAACAAGUAGAAAUCGAAGAAAACAGAAGAUCGUGAAACCCAAGGCAGCCGAUACGAAUAUCCCGAUACCGAAUUUACCCGAAAAGUUUCUUUGGAUGCACGUGAACAGUGGCACUAAAAUUAGAAAUGUCUUGAACUACGCGUUGAAAGAAUUUUCCGGAUACGAAUCCGUGGUCUGGUCGGGAGCGGGUCAAGGAAUUGGCAAAGUAAUAACUUGUGCUGAGCUAUGCAAGAGAAAAAAUCCGGGACUUCAUCAGAUCACGAGACUGCGUUAUGUGAAAUCAAAAAAAUCAGAAAUCGGUGAGGAUAAUCGCGAGGACCUCAGUGUACCAGAGAUCCAUAUUUUAUUGGCUAAAGAACCACUGGACCCGAACGAACCUGGAUACCAGUCUGCAAGUGACCAAAGGUUGUUCUUAUCGAAGCUCUUGGACCCCUCGAAUGCAGAUUCUGAAAAUACUUCUGGAAAUCCCACGUCAAAAGAUCAUCAGCAGCAGCAGCCAUCUACUAGUAAAUUAUCGAAUGUUGCGACAGAAGAAUUUGCAGCUAUGGGGCUGAGAACGGGACAAAAAAAAUCUCGAAAACGACAGAAGACUGCGGAAAGCUCUUCGGAUAACAAAAGCAAUAAAAAAGGUAAAAGUGACUAGGCAGGAGAAAUUAUAGUAUUCUUUGUUUUUUGGUAGAAAUUUUAUUUCGUCUGUAUUGUUCAUUGAUAAUAAUUAUCAUGGAAAUAGUCACACGGGAUGUAUUUCUGUCAUUGUUAAUACUUAAUAUUUUCAUUAAUAAUCAUAAUUACAUUCUACUAAUUUCAUACACCAUUUUGUAUUCAUUAAUUCAUAUUUACAGAUUGUAUGUACAGUGUAUUUGUUUUUCUCCCCGUUAUAGUACGAACAAGAAAUAUUUAAUAGACAAGUCCUAAGAUGACGAUAAACGUACUAUUAAUAAAACACUGACAAUUGGUAAAAA